CCUUCGUCCCGUGCACGCGCAGGCGGGUUCGCCUUUUGGCCCGGUCGGUGCGAAAGGCCUCGUUGUCGCAGCCACCUCCAGCACCGUCCCGUCCCGUCCCCUUCCGGUCGCGAGCAGAGCCGGAAAGCAACACGCAGCACAAAUGCCGGCACGGAAGGGGCUUCUGGCGCCCCAGAACACCUUUCUCGACACGAUCGCGACCCGCUUCGACGGAACACAUUCCAACUUCGUACUAGGCAACGCACAAGUGAACGGCUAUCCCAUAGUGUACUGCUCCGAUGGGUUCGUCGAGCUGUCGGGGUUUUCGCGGGCGCAAAUUAUGCAAAAAGGAUGUGCCUGCCGGUUCCUUUACGGGCCGGAAACGAAGGACGAGCAUAAAGGUAUGAUCGAGACCAGCCUGGACGGGAAAAGCGAACUGAAGCUGGAGGUCAUCUUCUACAAGAAAAAUGGCACUCCCUUCUGGUGUCUGCUCGAUAUCGUGCCCAUCAAAAACGAGAAACGCGAGGUGGUGCUGUUCCUGGCGUCGCACAAGGAUGUCACCACGGCCAAAAUGUCGGAAAUGUCGAUGUCGGACGAAUGUGAUAGCGACGAUGGGGCGGAGGAUGAUAGUUUGGAAAUACCACCGGGCGUCAAUAUGGGCCGCCGACGCUCGCGUGCCGUACUGUACCAACUGUCCGGGCACUAUAAGCCGGAGAAGAUGAAAACAAAAAUUAAACUGAAUAGCAAUCUAUUGCACUCGAGUGAGGCACCGCUACCUGAGUACAAGACGCAAGCCUUAAAAAAAUCGCGUUUCAUUCUUUCCCACUACGGCAUGUUCAAGGGCUGCUGGGACUGGAUGAUCCUGGUCGCGACGUUCUACGUCGCCAUCGCCGUGCCGUACAACGCGGCGUUCGUUAAAACUGAUCGCUUAACCAUGGUGUCGGAUGUUGUUGUCGAGGCUUUAUUUAUUGUUGAUAUUUUAGUAAACUUUCGCACGACGUACGUUUCGCGCAAGGGCGAGGUCGUGUCGGACUCGAAAAGCAUCGCCCUGAACUAUCUCCGCAGCUGGUUCGUGGUGGAUCUGCUGGCCGCCCUGCCCUUCGAUCACCUUUACGCAAGCAAUGUCAUUAGUGGUGAGGAAUCUCACAUACACUUAGUCAAAUUAACACGUUUGUUGCGGCUGGCACGAUUGCUUCAAAAGAUGGAUAGAUACUCUCAGUACACGGCUAUGAUUUUAACCCUGUUGAUGCUAUGCUUCUCCUUAGUUGCCCAUUGGCUCGCUUGCGUUUGGUAUGUGAUUGCAGAGAAAGAAAGACUCUUUAACGAUGCGGACUGGGACAUCGGAUGGAUCCACACGCUGGCGGAGCGGCUGAAAAUUCCCGUAUCUAACGUGACGCACGGCGAGGCAUACAUAACGGCAUUAUAUUUCACCUUCACCAGCCUUACCUCCGUGGGCUUCGGCAACGUUUCGGCGACGACACUGAGUGAGAAAAUUUUCAGCAUCGUCAUGAUGCUGAUCGGAGCGCUUAUGCACGCCGUGGUGUUCGGAAACGUGACGGCCAUAAUUCAGCGAAUGUAUUCACGCCGCUCGCAGUACCAGAGCAAGUGGCGCGACUUGAAGGAUUUCAUCGCCCUGCAUCAGAUGCCGAAGGAGCUGAAGCAGCGGAUGCAGGACUACUUCCAAACAAUGUGGUCACUUAAUCAUGGAAUUGAUGUGUAUGAGAUCUUGAAAGAAUUCCCCGAAGAGCUCCGGGGAGACAUAUCAAUGCACCUGCAUCGUGAAAUCCUUCAGUUGCCUAUUUUCGAAUCUGCCUCCCAGGGCUGCCUGAAGCUGCUAUCUCUACAUAUCAAGGCGAACUUUUGCGCACCGGGCGAGUACCUAAUCCACAAGGGCGAUGCGCUCAGCUACAUCUACUACAUCUGCAACGGCUCGAUGGAGGUGAUGCAGAACAACAUGGUCGUCGCCAUCCUGGGCAAGGGAGAUCUCGUUGGCUGUGAUAUAAGCGUCCAUCUGCUGCACGGCAGCCAGGGCAACUCGGGAAACGCCGGCUCGCAGGACACCAUCGUGAAGAGCAGCGGCGACGUGAAGGCACUCACCUACUGCGACCUGAAGAGCAUCCACAUGGGCGGGCUGGUCGAGGUGCUGCGUCUAUACCCGGAGUAUCAGCAGGAGUUUGCCAACGACAUCCAGCACGACCUCACGUACAACUUGCGCGAGGGCUACGAGGCCGAGGAGGAGACGGAGAACAACGGGCCGUGCCUGGCGCUGCCGUCGAUCAGCGAGGACGACGAGAACCAGUCAGACGCCGAGUCGAGUUCGGCCUCGCCGAUGAACACCUCGCUCCAGAAGUCGCCGGCGCACAAUGCCGCCGUCGCCAGUCCGCGGCAUGCAAAGUUGGUGCACAGCCGUAAUCGGUCGUUGGUGGCGCUGCGGGAACGAGUCGAACGGCAACGAUCAGUACACACGCCCAGCAGCCAGGCGGCAACCGCGGAGGAGAGCAACUCCCUCGAGGGACUCAAUCUGGAGGUGACCAAGGAGAAGGAGUCCAAGAGCCGCGUGUCCGUGGAGCGGUUAGACAAUCAGGUCACCACGCUGCACAACGACGUCGCUGCACUCAGCAUGGAGGUUCGAAAUGCCAUACAAGCACUGCAGGAGAUGACGUACAACACCAUGAACUCCCAGCUGGAUCUGGGACACUUCCAGCCGGCCCGCUCGAUACCGAACCUGCAGAAUGGAGCCGUCGGCAUUCUGCGAGAUAGUGACCACGUGCUGAUGGCCCGCAGUAGCUCCCAUCCACCGGAAAUGUGGUGCCGCGAGAUGAACGCGUUCGCCGAGCCUUGUCUGGCGAGCCCGAACGGAACCGAGAUCCUGUCCGAAGCCAUGUACCGGCGUAAGUCGAUCCUGUCUCAGAAGUACUCGGAGGAAAUGUCCAGCUCGACGCAGACGGAAAACAUGAUCGACUUCGAUACGCUCGAGAAGGUUGUGCUGGCGCAUCCGCACCUGGUGCUGAAGAUCCUCGGCGUGGAGGCUGUCUUCGGUAAAGAGUGCGAUCAUCUCAGUAAGGUGUACCCACUGAACACCAUCUCGGAGGUGGCCAGCUCGGGCGAAACCAUCUCAUCGCGUGUAGCCGAGACACCGCACUUCCGGCAGGCCCCCUUCCUUUACGCCAACAUCACCAACAAUCCCCCGAUGCCCGACGACGGAACGGGGGGUCAUCUCUACGAGCAGCACCAGGCGCUCAUCAGCGCCUACCAGGAGGGCGAAUGUCACUAUCCGGGUUCGCACGACCCACUCUCGCUGCACGCCAACACCAAGGCCGACUGUGCCAACCACGAUAACAUAUCUUUCUCAACACCACAACCACCACCCAAUCCAUCGGCAGUAUCAAUAGCAGGGGCAGCAGGAACGACACCAAUACCCAACCCUGAGGACGAAGGGCCAGGACCGGUUCCUGCCCCGGACGCUGACUGCAUUCUGAUAGACGAAAAUGUGAACGUACUGAAGCAAUCCGCCAUGAACCAUAUCUUCCGCAAGCAGGACCGCGUACCACCGAACUACCGCUUUUCCGCCGGCGACGCUGACCAUCUCGAGAAGGGGCUCAAGACGCUGCCCUCAUCUCGCUCGCUCGGUGGCAGCUGAAUCUUGCCGACCGAAUGUCGAAAGUCACCGUAGUCGCCGGGAAUCCCGUUUUCUUUGACAUCGUCUGCGUCAUUGAAUCAAUUUUAAAC